AAUGAUCAUUUUUCUAACUCGAUAGGCGUGUUCUUGUGGUCGGAAGUUCCCGGAAAAGCGUCGGAUUACAUACAUCAAAAGUCGCAAUCUUUUACACAUGUUUUGAUUUGUUUGAAAGUAUGUUUAUAUGCAGCUAAUUUUGGCAUUUAAAUUUUUUUAAAAUGGCAAAGAAGAAAUGCCCGAAGUGCCAGCAAACACUUCCCGUUGCUUGCAAAUCCUGUCCGUGCGGUCAUAUUUUCAUUGCCAAGAAAUCCUCAACGUCAAAAGAUACAGUUGUGAAAAAACCCCAUACAUCAGUUACACGACUAAGGCCCGAGAGACCCAAGAGAGAGAUUCCUGAUUAUGAAUACAGAGAUGAUUACACGCGGAUAUCAGUUGGAAAUGGUAAUGCACAACUUAAGACAAUUUCCAAGAAAAUGAAGUUGAUGGAUGAAGACGUCUAUGGUGAUGAUGAUGAUGACAUUUUGAUAAAUGGAACAGUUGGAUUUGAAAGAUUAGAUAGUGUGGAAUCACAGCCUGGUCCUGUAAAGAGAAAACGAGGAAGACCAAAGGGGUCAAAAAACAAACCAAAAGAUGAUCAAAAUUUCACGGCAGAUUUAUCAGAUGAUAAUGAGGAUCCUCUAGACUCCCAAGGAUCAGGUAAGCUUGGUAAAUCUAAACUGGCAAAAAAUAAAGUCUAUCAACUUCCACCAAUACCUGAAGACAAGGUUGUGGUCUAUUCUCUUAUUCUCUCUGAUAUCAAUGAGAGAUUUGUCUCACAGAACAAAAUCAAGUGCUUGCCAGGAUUAUGAUAAAAGGUGAAUUGGUCUGUGUGUGGAAUUGUUGGGAGGUAAAAUUGCACUUACAAUUGGCUAGUUAGCAUGGAAGGAUGGUGGAAGGUUUUUCUAUUGAGCAAAUUAACCAUGUUCACCGUAGCGAUUGAAUUUGACCUCCCUCAUCCGUGAAUAAGAUAGUGUUUGGUAGAAGAGCAACACUUAUCUAAAGCCUGCAGGCCUGCUACAUAUCAAUGCUAUCACAAGGUUUCAGUUGUGUGAAAGGUUUAUUGGCAAAUGUCUAGUGGUGUUCAUUCAAAAGAAAAACUUCCAAGACAUGAAUUAUGUUGGUCAAACAGCUGUCUUAUGAAUGAAGACUUCAGCAACUUCCACACAUGUACUCCAUUUUUUGUAUUUGUAUUCUUCUUA